AUGAAAUCAUAUUCCAACAACCUGGCGCCGCCGCCCGUGGUGGAGGAAGGAGGCGGGCAUGGGCUGAUGGUAUGUACCCAGGAAGCCCUCGUAUUCAAGAUGGCUUUUUUCAUCAACGACACCGCCAGUUUCUUUGCCUUCGUAUCCGCCAUGCGUCCGCUGCAAGUGUUGGGUCCCCUCGACCGAUACGUUAUGCCACUCUACACGUUACGGCCUGAACUGACCAUGAAACAAGACCUCAACAACAUGGACGAAAGUAGUCGACUUCAUCUGAGGGAUAUUGCCAAGUACGUGACGCAAGUGACCGUCGUGGACUGGACCGACCUUGCCUGGUUGCACCAUCAUUACGAGCAGUGGCGUCUGCUUCGAAUCACGCGUGUCAUCGCGUCGUACAUCGACCUCGCCGAUCAGUUUCCAUCUUCGCUGGCACCCCACCUCUCCCAUCUGACGUCGCUAACUCUUACUCUGACAGCAGCUCCAGUGGAGCACUUGUAUUUUCGCAAUUGGAAACUGCAAGACUUAGACAACGUGGCUCUUAAGCAAGCGAUUUAUGCCGCCGUGUUCAACUGCCCUACCCUCAAAGCCUUAGCAUACGAAGAAUUCAUGGCCAAUUUGCAAUCCCUGACUUUAGUGGCUGGCAAACUCAAUACAAGGUCGAUUCAAGCGCUCGCUGGGAAAUUUCCAAUGUCGCCAAUGUCCCAGUUGACGCUCCACAACCCUGGCGAUAAGGAUAACCGUGGCCUAGAAUGCCUCUUGCAAGCCCUACUAACUCCCUAG